GACAAAGAUAACGGGUUACCCCCAAAAAAUCUCACGUCACACCACAGCGACUCAGUAAGCAAAAUGGCGUCCUACUGUAUGACUGUCACUCGGCUACGGCUUGUCCUUGGAACAGGGGCAAGGCGACUCCAUGUUUCCGCCGCCUUCAACGCAAAGGCCAAGGUGGCCAUGAGCCGCUUUGAGCCUGGCUCCAGCAUCAACUAUGAGAAAUUGCGUGAGAACAUCAACAUUGUCCGCAAGAGGCUCAACCGCCCCCUUACCCUGUCUGAGAAGAUUGUGUACGGCCACCUGGAUAACCCAGAGGCGCAGGACAUUGCCAGGGGCAGAACCUACCUGCGUCUGCGUCCAGACCGCGUGGCCAUGCAGGAUGCCACAGCUCAGAUGGCCAUGCUGCAGUUCAUCAGCAGCGGCCUGCCCAGGGUGGCCGUGCCCUCCACCAUCCACUGUGACCACCUGAUCGAAGCUCAGAUUGGUGGUGUUGAAGACCUGCAGAGGGCGAAGGACGUGAAUCAGGAAGUGUACAACUUCCUGGCAUCUGCUGGAGCCAAGUAUGGAGUCGGCUUCUGGAAGCCUGGCUCUGGAAUCAUCCACCAGAUCAUCCUGGAAAACUAUGCCUACCCUGGAGUCAUGCUGAUUGGCACAGACUCCCACACGCCCAAUGGGGGGGGGCUGGGGUCCAUCUGCAUCGGAGUGGGGGGAGCCGACGCCGUGGACGUCAUGGCUGACAUACCCUGGGAGCUCAAGUGUCCCAAUGUGAUAGGCGUGAAGCUGACAGGCAGCCUGUCUGGCUGGACCUCCCCGAAGGAUGUGAUCCUGAAGGUGGCUGGCAUCCUGACGGUUAAGGGUGGCACCGGAGCCAUCGUGGAGUACCACGGACCUGGGGUGGACUCCAUCUCCUGCACAGGCAUGGCCACUAUCUGCAACAUGGGGGCUGAGAUUGGAGCCACCACCUCUGUGUUUCCCUAUAACCACCGUAUGAAGACCUACCUGGAGAAGACCGGCCGUGGAGAUAUCGCUGCCCUGGCUGAUGAGUACCAUGAAGACCUGGUCCCUGACAAGGGUUGUGAGUACGACCAGGUCAUCGAGAUCAACCUGAGCGAGCUGAAGCCGCUCAUCAACGGGCCCUUCACCCCUGACCUAGCCCACCUUGUGUCCGAGAUCGGGGCUGUGGCUAAGAAGAACAGCUGGCCCCUGGAAGUCAAAGUGGGUCUGAUUGGCAGCUGCACCAACUCCAGCUACGAGGACAUGGGCCGGGCCGCCUCCCUGGCCAAGCAGGCCCUGGACAAGGGCCUGAAAUGCAAGGCUGCCUUCACCAUCACCCCCGGGUCAGAGCAGAUCCGGGCCACUAUUGAGAGGGAUGGCUAUGCCAAGAUCCUGAGUGAUGUUGGAGGAGUGGUUCUGGCCAACGCCUGUGGGCCUUGCAUCGGCCAGUGGGACAGGAAGGACGUGAAGAAGGGAGAGAAGAACACCAUCGUCACAUCCUACAACAGGAACUUCUCCGCCAGGAACGACGCCAACCCCGCCACGCACGCUUUCGUCACCUCCCCUGAGAUUGUGACGGCCAUGGCCAUCGCCGGCACCCUGAACUUCAACCCUGAGAAGGACUACCUCACCGACGCCAACGGCCAGAAGUUUAAGCUGGAGCCUCCUACCGGGGAUGAGCUUCCUGCCCGCGACUUCGACCCGGGCCAGGACACGUACCAGCACCCGCCGGCCGAGGGACACUCCGUCCAGGUGGACGUCAGCCCCCAGAGCAACCGCCUGCAGCUGCUGGAGCCCUUUGACAAGUGGCACGGAAAGGACCUGCAGAACCUGCGCGUCCUCAUCAAGGUGAAGGGCAAGUGCACCACCGACCACAUCAGCGCCGCCGGCCCCUGGCUCAAGUUCCGCGGUCACCUUGACAACAUCUCCAACAACCUUCUGAUUGGAGCGGUCAACACCGAGAACAACGCCGUGAACAAGAUCAGAAACCUGCUGACCGGGGAGCACGGAGGCGUGCCUGAUGUGGCCCGCCACUACAAGGCCAACGGCGUUCAGUGGGUGGUGGUGGGAGAUGAGAACUACGGCGAGGGGUCCAGCAGAGAGCACGCCGCCCUGGAGCCCAGACACCUUGGGGGCCGCGCCAUCAUCGUCAAGAGCUUCGCCAGGAUCCACGAGACCAACCUGAAAAAGCAGGGUCUACUGCCCUUGACCUUUGCCGACCCUUCAGACUACGACAAGGUCCGUCCAGACGACAAGAUCUCCAUUACUGGACUCAAGUCCUUUGCCCCAGGCAAGCCCUUGACUGCUGUGAUCACGCACAUUGAUGGGAGCCAGGAUAGCAUCACGCUGAACCACACCUUCAACGAGACGCAGAUCGAGUGGUUCCAGGCAGGCAGUGCCCUCAACCGGAUGAAGGAGCUGCAGCGUUGAGGCCCAGAGGCGGGGCUUGUCAGGCCUGAGGGGCAGGGCAGCUCAAGGGAGGCGGGGCCAGGAGAUAGUGAGAAGGAUGGGCUUCAUAGAGACCGAGUGAGAUUGGGGAGGAAAGGGAGUGAGAGAGAGAGUGAGGAAGGGAAGGCGUUCUGGCAUGGUAGACUUACCUUGUGAGCAUAGGGUCACCUGUAGACAAGUACCAUCAGACUGCUACACAUUGAAACUACACACACGCAUGGAUACACACUUGCACACAUACAAGCACACAACCCCUGUCGCUGUACAAAUGAAAUGCGCACACACACGCCACACAUACAUGAUUACUUUGAAUGAACUCCCCCCACAGACACACACCACAUGCGUCUUUGUUUGAGCAUAACAUAGUGUGUUACUGUUCUAGGCAGCACUGCUCAUAUUGGCAGUGCUACAAUCAUGUGGGGCAAUCCCAUUUGUCAAGCUUCCUGCAAUUGACUCAUCCAGUCGUAUUUAGUGUACUCCUACCUGCCAUGCACACACACAGAAAAGAAUCCAUCUUAAGAUGUUUACUGUUUAACUCCCGUGCACAAUCCCCAAUACAUAGUAGUUACAGAGUUGUAUCAUUGUGUUCCUUCCAUCCAACACAGACGACGUAUAAGCUCUUUAAUUGGGUUGUACCUUCAACUGUAAUUGAAUCUACCCCCAGUGUCCUGAGUUUUCUAUCACAUCUAAUAUUUAUACCCUGAGAGAAGUUGGCUGUGUGAGUAGCUGACAGCUUAUCGGUCUUGACUUGAAAGAAUGCGUUUUACUCACUGGUGGGGAUUAUAAGGCGGGUUUCUCUUCUGUAUCAGAAUGCUGGACUAUACCAGGCUGUAAGGAGCACUCAGGGGAAUAGGAAGGAGUUGUCUGAGGAAUAGUAGUUGGGUGCAGUCCUAUUUUGUAGGGAUAUUUUUUCAGCUGACCUCUUGUCUUAAAUGAGUUUUUAACAGAAUUCUCUGCCCUGUGGUAGCAGUGUGACGGCUGUAGGCCUCAAUCACCAUAAGCAUCCCUACACCAGUAUUGCUGCUCUGUGCAUGUUGAUUGUAAAUUUACAUACUUUGUUUUUUUUUGUUUUUUUUUUGAAAGAAGUGUUCCACAUCAUGUACGAAGAAAGCUAACGGUACUUCUUGAGCUGGGGCCCCUCUUGUCUGUGUGAGUCUAGAUAGGUAGGAGUUGACAACUGAAUUCAUGCAGCUGCUGUGAUUGUUGCCGUCCAUAUGUGUUGGUCCAUGUAUGGUGGUGUUUGCAUGCCUAACCCUGAUCGACAGAUGUUAUUCCGUUCAUGUUCCAGUCUCCGUCUAUCCACUUGUGCUGCCUCUUUCUCUCCGUUCUAACACAACGACUCCAGGCCCUCUUCCUUCAAAGUCCUAACCUGAGACACACAGGAGCUGCGGGAACUUCAGCAGUGCUAGUGUUGAUGUCGGCAGGAUAUAAACUAGAGGUGGUAUUUUGAGUGGAGUUAUCUCAAGUUAGGACUUGGACUGGGGAGCUUGGGGGGAAGGUCGUCUUCUACUUCGUCGUUUAUGAAAACUAAACGCACAAUCUAGUGUUCAGAUGCCUGUUCACUAGCGCUAUGUAGUAUUCGAAAGGCUUUCUUCACUUAUUAUGUGCUCUUUUAGUCAGCAAUCGCUGCACUCCUUAGAAUCCAACCCCAGUGUCUGUGGGUUCACAGCACUGAGGCAUUCUAAUUCAAUUCAAUAUGAAAAAUACUGAUGUAACUGUUGAGUCAUGUUCUAUUGUGUCAUUGUUUUAAUCCUGGUCCUGAUGUUUGGUGUAGAAUCUUGCCAUAUUGUAUGUAGAGUUUGCCUAGACUGAUGAAAGUUAAGCGUUUUCUAUAAUGAAUGCUUGAGAAUGUUGCAGUGUGAUAAGAGUGACACUUGUUUUGAGUCGUCUUGGGAGCAUUGUCCAUCUCCUUUUCCUAUGAUUGUUUCUGCAUCAAUACAUGCUAUCAUUGAAUUGCAUCAAUUAGAGAGGCAAGUUCUGAUGCCAAAAGGCACACAAUAUACUUUUAUCUCAAUAUUCCAAGAUCCCCAUGGAGGAACUAAAGUUAAAUGGCCAGUGCUCCCAUGACUGAUUUAUGUGUAUAUAAAGGCACUCUUUGGGCCUCAGGUGAAUCAUAUACCUAUAUGACAUAGCAGCAUAUUGCAUAAAAGAGUGUACAUAUACAAUAUCUAUAUAUAUAUAUAUAUAUAUAUAUAUUUACACAGAGAGGAAAUAAGCAUGAUGUGUCGCAGUUUAAUUUAGAGCUUUCUGCUCUGUGUGAUGCACUGUAGCCUAAUUUCAGAAUACAAUGUUCCAAUAGUCUUCAUAUAACAAAUAUCCCCAAUCUCAUAGUUUCACAAACCAUUCAACCAUUUGACAGUUAAAUCAAAUGAAAGAUAAAGUGUGCAAAAAUAAUGUGAAUUGGAUUGUACUGCAGGUCUUGGACUGGAAGUUCAGUAGUGUACUUUAUGCUGUUUUCCCAAGGGAUGUGACAAGUAAGGUUUUCCCAUUGAAUUAUAUUUUUACAUGAUUUAAUGAGCAGUGAAGAUGAAUGAUGCCCUGAUUUACAGAAGUAGUCUGAAGAGGUUUUACUGAGAGCACAAUAACUACUACUACUAAGAUUCAAUUCUGUUUAAUCAUUUCCUCAACUUCAGAAAAUGUGAUGAAUUGCUGGUCAUUUGCUUCUCUGGUCUGUCUAUUGCAGUAAUCGCCAAAGAUGCCUCCAUCUAUUUAAUCAAUCUAAUGACCAAAUAAAAAUAAAUCCCUGUUCAUACCAGCUGUUGUGUUACAAAAUAAAUACAUUGGUUUAUCCUUUA